CACGAGAAUGUCUGAGGUAGAGAAGAAGAAGAGAAGUAUAGAGUUAGAAAUCGAAAGGAGCUAAAAAAAGAAGAAAUCGAAGGAAGAAAGCAUUGAGAGAGGGGAAGAUCAUGAUCCUAGCAGUGUUGUUCGCGAACUCCGUUGGGAACGUUUUGAUCGAAAGGUUCAAUGGAGUACCAGCUGAGGAACGGCUGCACUGGCGAACUUUCUUGGUUAAGUUGGGAGCAGAUAAUCUCAAAGGCGUUAAAAACGAAGAGCUUCUUGUCGCUUGCCACAAGUCUGUUUAUAUAGUGUACACAAUGCUUGGAGAUGUUAGCAUCUUCCUUGUUGGCAAAGACGAGUACGAUGAACUUGCUUUGGCAGAAACCAUAUAUAUCAUAACAGCGGCUGUGAAAGACGUAUGCGGAAAGCCCCCAACAGAGCGAGUGUUUCUGGAUAAAUAUGGAAGGAUUUGUUUGUGUCUUGAUGAAAUCGUUUGGAACGGACUUCUCGAGAACACUGACAAAGACAGGAUCAAGCGACUCAUUAGAUUGAAACCUCCUUCUGAGGUUUGAUUUUGUCCAACCAUUCUUCCUUUACUCACUCUUAAGACAUUUCUGCUUCUCCACAGAAUGUUUGUUUGUUAAAUCACUUCUGUCUAUCAACAUAUUCAGCUACUGCUCUUGUUCAAUCAGUCCAUUAUGUUGUAUUAUUACAUUUUGUAGUUUUGUUGAAGACCUAAAGAAAUGGUUUGUGUGUAA